CUUUAUCUUUUUAAAUAAUCCUUUAAACUUUAACGCGGUAUGCUAGUUGAAUCCAGCAGAAUAUUUUGUACAACAGAGCCUGAGAUCAAUCUUACUGCUCUGUUGAAUAUGGCGAGAAUUAACAAAUGGGUUGUACUGGUGAGCAUGUUUACUUGUCUUUUUGAGGUGGGUUUGUGUAGUUUGAAUGUUCCGCCGCCUCUGCCAGUUUUGCCGGUGCCGAGUGCCAGGCAGCUCAAAUGGCAGCAGAGAGAAAUGGUUAUGUUUCUGCAUUUCGGUAUGAAUACCUUCACCAAUAGCGAAUGGGGAACAGGGAAAGAGAGUCCUCAGUUGUUCAAUCCCAAGGGAUUUAAUGCCAAUCAAUGGGCCACUGUGGCCAAAGAAGCCGGGUUUUCUCUGGUAAUUCUGGUUGCAAAGCACCAUGAUGGGUUCUGUCUCUGGCCUUCUAAGUAUACAAAUCAUUCGGUGAAAAGCAGCCGCUGGGAAGAUGGAAAAGGAGAUGUUGUUAAGGAUUUAUCAGUGGCAGCACAAGGCCAAGGCCUGGAUUUUGGCGUGUAUUUGUCUCCUUGGGAUCGACAUGAGCCUUUCUAUGGCAAAGAGCUCCAGUACAAUGAAUUUUAUCUGGGGCAGCUGCAGGAGCUCCUUACAAAAUAUGGCCCCAUAUCCGAGGUUUGGUUAGAUGGAGCUAAAGGAGAUAACAUUACAAUGACAUAUUUGUAUCCCCAGUGGCAUGGACUGGUUCAUGAGUUACAAAUAUCUGCAAACAUAUUAUCAGAUGCAGGACCAGACAUCAGAUGGGUGGGAGACGAAAAUGGGACUGCUGGGUCAACCUUUUGGUCUACCAUCAAUGGAUCUUCAUUGAAAGUUGGAGAUACUUCCACCUUCGGGUAUUUGAAUACUGGAGACCCAUAUGGAACAGAUUGGAUUCCUGGAGAAUGUGAUGUAUCAAUGAGGCCAGGGUGGUUUUGGCAUCCAGAAGAGAAACCCAGACCGCUAAGCGAAUUGCUGGACAUCUACUACACUUCAGUGGGCAGGAACUGUGUGUUAUUGCUCAACGUUCCACCAAAUACAACAGGCCUUAUCUCUGCAGAAGAUGUGGAAAGACUAACGGAAUUCAGCCAGGCCAUAAACACCAUUUUUUCUACUAAUCUGGCUGCUUCUGCUAGUUCUGUCAAAGCAAGCAGUGUGCGAGGAGAAGCCGUCGCCCCUGCCAAUGUAUUGGCCACCGAUCUCUGGACUUACUGGGCACCCAAGGAUUACAAAAACAGAAAAACAAUGAAUUGGAUAUCGUUGAACAGCAAUAAAGCAAUCGAAUUCAAUGUUGUGAGGAUUCAGGAGGCCAUUGGACUGGGGCAAAGGGUGAUGAAAUAUGAGGUUUAUGCAUUUGGUGUCGAUGAGAAGCAAAACAUUCUUGUGAGUAAUGGGACUACAAUUGGUUACAAGAAGCUUCAUAGACUCGAAAAGCCUGUGAAAGCUUCCAACGUUAAGCUUGUAAUUUGGGAAAGUAGAGGGGGAGUGCCUCUCAUUUCAUCUUUCGGGUUACAUUUUGAUCCUUAUUACAAGGGGAAACAAGUAUAGAGCUUUUGGGCUGAUUUCUCUUUCAAAGUAGUGUUGUCAUCGACUUUUGCUGAGAAAAUUGUAGGGUUGCGUGCUCUUUUUCCUGUGUAUGGGAUAAGCAGACUUAUCUGCAUCUGCAAUAUUAGUUUAGAGUGUGAAUACAAUUGAGAUUCUUCUAGAUU